AGCAUCUCGAGAUGGUGCCCACGCUAUCCGCAGUUACUAUGCUCUUGACACAUUCUGCAUUGCACAUGUGAGAUGUACUUCCGUUGUAACAAGAUCAGAAUACUUUGACGCGGUAGUAUAUAACCAUACUCUUUGCGUUUGAUACUCAUCAUUCACUUUUUUCUCUUCAUUUUUUCCUUCACUCUUUUUCAAGGUACUGAGUAGUGAGUACUUCAUUCCUCCGCUUCCUGACCGGAUACUCAUCCAUGUCUUCCCCUUAGCCUCCCACCUUCCUUCUUUCCCCAUUUGUGAUUAUUCUUCAUUUCCUACCCUACUUCAACACCCUUCACCUUUCUUCACUUUUCGCCUAUAAUGCGUUUCUUUAUUGCCGUAAUUGUUGGCCUCAUUCUUUUUGCAAGGUCCUCAGGCGCAGCUCCUGUCCCCAAAAAGGGUAACCUCGGAGUCGACACUCCCAGCUCUCCUAGUGGUGCACUUGGGAUGGCCGGUAUCGUAGCCUCACUAGAAGAUGCAGCGGGUUUGAAUAUGGGUGCAGCGAAACGUGAUCCUCGUAUCGUUUUCACUCCCGACAUGGAGCUUCCCGAGUUUGCAUCGGACGACACAGGCGCGGUAAUGGCUGGAGCUGCUCCUUAAGAUGUUGCCCCUCCUUGCCGGCGGCAUUUCAUCAUGCCUGCAAAAGUUUAACCGACGCCGAGUCUGAUCCCCCAGCAUCAGUCCUGGAACGCUGCCUUGUUUCCUUGAUGGGACACUUAUCCACGGUGAAAGGCUUUGCAUGACUCUAGAUCGUUUGGAGGCGAUCAGAAUGAACAAUGAACACUCCAGAGCUCUUUUGUACGAUCAAAAUGUAGUUACAUGGAACUAUCAAACAUGCCCAACCAAAUAGGGCACUUUCCCUUGUGGAAUGUUCGUAGGACGACUUCUAGUCAUUGACAUGCAUUUCUUCACCUAGUACAGACGUUCAACCUUCAACACUAUUCUCUAUCUAAGCCCUAUGACUAGGCAAUUCAUUAACAGCUCUUUGCAGAUCAUGAGUCUGUGAUCCAAGAACAAGCACCAGUAUCCUGCGGAUAGGCUUAAUGGCGUUUGCCGGCAGCUUUACUAGGUUUAUGAUUCAGGACCAAGGUAGUCUUCCCAAGCGCGACUUUCAGCAAUGAAACUAUAGCAUCAUAAAAUUUCAAUAAUAUUAUGAACAAUACUUUACCACAGA